CUUUCAAACCUACUUUGGGGUCUUAAAACGAAACCGUACACCAUUUCACUGUGGACAUUACACCCUCUUACAGAUAUGGGAGACAUGGGAGACCCACCAAAAAAAAAACGUCUGAUUUCCCUAUGUGUUGGUUGCGGCAAUCAAAUUCACGAUCAGUAUAUUCUGAGGGUUUCUCCGGAUUUGGAAUGGCAUGCGGCGUGUUUGAAGUGUGCAGAGUGUAAUCAGUAUUUGGACGAGACCUGUACGUGCUUUGUUAGGGAUGGCAAAACCUACUGUAAAAGAGAUUAUAUCAGGUUAUACGGCAUCAAGUGCGCCAAAUGCAGCAUCGGCUUCAGCAAGAAUGACUUCGUGAUGCGCGCCCGCGCCAAGGUGUACCACAUCGAGUGUUUUCGCUGCGUGGCCUGCAGCCGCCAGCUCAUCCCCGGCGAUGAAUUCGCACUGCGGGAGGACGGCCUCUUCUGCCGGGCGGACCACGACGUGGUGGAGAGGGCCAGCCUGGGCGGCGGGGACCCUCUCAGCCCUCUGCAUCCCGCUCGGCCGCUGCAGAUGGCAGCAGAACCUAUCUCUGCCAGACAGCCAGCUCUGCGGCCCCACGUCCACAAGCAGCCCGAGAAGACAACCCGGGUCCGGACUGUCCUUAAUGAAAAACAGCUUCACACCUUGAGGACCUGCUACGCUGCCAACCCCAGACCUGACGCCCUCAUGAAAGAGCAACUGGUAGAAAUGACUGGCCUCAGCCCGAGGGUCAUCAGGGUUUGGUUUCAAAACAAGCGAUGCAAGGACAAAAAAAGGAGCAUUAUGAUGAAGCAACUUCAGCAGCAGCAACCCAAUGACAAAACUAAUAUCCAAGGGAUGACAGGAACUCCAAUGGUGGCUGCUAGUCCGGAGAGACAUGACGGCGGUUUGCAGGCGAACCCCGUGGAGGUGCAGAGUUACCAGCCGCCCUGGAAAGUACUGAGUGACUUCGCAUUGCAGAGUGACAUAGACCAACCUGCUUUUCAGCAACUAGUUAAUUUUUCAGAAGGAGGACCUGGUUCCAAUUCUACUGGAAGUGAAGUAGCGUCAAUGUCCUCUCAGCUGCCAGAUACACCCAACAGCAUGGUAGCCAGUCCUAUUGAGGCAUGAGGAACAUUCAUUCAAAUAUCUGUUGUUGUUGUUUCUGCCCUUACCCUCACCCCUGUUGAAGAGAGUGGGAAAGUGAACGUGUUGGGACUUCGAAAUUUAGGGGGAAAGAAUACUUAACAACCCUGUAAGGAACCUAGCAAGGAACUGCUCCAUGAGAUGAACGGAGUCAUAUUUGAAAAGACAAGGUAAUAUGGUAGCAACACUGUGAAGACAAUCAUGGGAUCUUACUAGAAAAAAAUACUUAAAAGAACCACAAACCCCGUGCUUUUCAAUGAUCAGAGGAGUAUCGAAAAGACGUUUUCCAAAUAUAAAGGAUUUGUACUCGUGGAUCU